GGACGAUUCUUUCUUCGCGGAAUUCUGUAAAGAACGACCAGGAGACAAGACGUAAUUUGCUGGUGUUCUGUGUAGAGAAAGUAUUAAGAAUCAUGAAUAAUUCUACGACAGUGUCUAGUGAAAUAAAAACUGUGUUGGUAGAUGCAACAAAAGUGACUCUCGAUGAAACAGUUCAGAGCGUGUUAAGUGUUUUCGAUGACGUUCGAGUUAAUUCCAACGUGACAAUGGAUGUUUACACGAUUCGAGUAUCUGACAUCGUCUGUCUUUCUAUUUGCUUCUUGAUAAUUCCUAUUAUCUAUCUCAUUGGACACGUAUGUGUGCGUAAAACAACGAAAGACGUUGGAAGCUUUCUGCAAUUUACUGGUUUUAUUUAUUCCUUCACAAUAUUCUUGUACAUUCUAAGCUGGUCUAAUGUGAAUUUGGAUGUCUUCAUGAAAAAUAAUGGAUAGCUUGGAAGAAGGAAGCUAAUCUUGACGUUCGUUCUUCGAAAUAUUAUUCGAAUCGAACUGUUUCACUUUGAUUUAUGUACUGGGACAUCUAGUAAUUUUAAUGACGUAUAUUAUAUGUAUAUUAGAAUUCCUUUUAACAUUUUAAUAUAAUUAAUUUUUAAAAAGAAAUGUAUAAAAAUGCUUGUCUAAUUUUGCUGUUUAGAGCGAAAAAACAUUAAUAAAGAAAGAAUAUUUCAGAUAAAGUAGUUCUUAAUUGCUGGAUUGUUUACAAUAUAAUCACUUACUAAAAUGUCAAUAAGAUCAUGUAAAAAUUAACUUCGCCAUUUUAGUUAUUUAAACUCAAAAUAUGGUGUCAAAUUAUCACAAUUUUAAAUCAGAUUAAAUUACUUACUACUUACAUUUUUUCAAUGCUUAUAAAUAAUUUUG